UAAACUUAUUAAAUAGAGAUUAUCUGAGGUUUGCUGCUGGUGUUAAGUUCUAAUUCUUGAAAGCAUCGCAACUGAAGUGCAUAAAAUAUAAAUGGCAGAAACUGAGUUGGUUGUACAUGCAACUGUUAGUGAUACCUCGGAAAUAACAACCGAUAUAGCAAACACAGACGAAGCUAACGCUUUGAACGAGUUGUCCUCGGGUGAAAGCGACAGCGAAGAAUGCCAAGAUGAAGAUGUCUACGAACAGCAAUUAGCCGAAGCUGAGAUGGCAGAACUGGUGAAGGAGUUGCAGUUGGACGAUGACUACGGCGACAAUUGUGUGAGUGCGACGUUUUCAACGAAACAGUUCUGUCAGAAGUAUGAACACAAAGUGGACGUUGGAAUGUAUUCGAAGAAGCUGGACGGAGACCGUGCGCGUGAGCGUGACAAAUCAGACAGAGCAACCACAGAACAGGUGAUGGAUCCUCGCACGAGAAUUAUCCUGUUUAGACUGCUAGCUAGGAAGGUCAUUUCAUCCAUCAAUGGGUGUGUCUCUACGGGAAAAGAGGCUAAUGUUUAUCAUGGUACGAGUGAUGCACAUGGACAGUGUGCUAUUAAGGUUUUCAAAACAUCUAUACUGACAUUCAAAGACAGAGACAGAUACAUCUCGGGUGAGUACAGAUUCAGAAAUGGAUACUGCAGGGGGAAUAACAGGAAGAUGGUGCAGACAUGGGCGGAGAAGGAGUUCAGGAAUCUCACCAGGUUCCACAACUCUGCACUUCCUUGUCCCAAUCCAAUCAUGCUCAAAGGUCACGUCCUGGUGAUGGAGUUCCUCGGAAGCGAUGACGGAUACCCAGCUCCUAAAUUGAAAGACGCAAACCUCUCCGAGUCGAAACUGCGCGAACUGUACUUCCAAAUUGUGAGAGAUAUGCGAACUAUGUACUGGGAAGUGAAACUUACCCACGCCGAUUUCUCAGAAUACAACAUCCUUUAUCACAAUGGGCAAGCUUAUUACAUUGACGUGUCGCAAUCAGUAGAAAGCAACCACCCGAACGCAUUGAACUUCCUGAGAAUGGAUUGCACAAAUAUUACUAACUUUUUCAAGAAGAAUAAACUACCAGUUAUGACUAUGCGUGAAUUGUUUGAGUUUAUAACCAGCCCGACUAUUGAUAACCCGAUUCGAUAUUUGGAGUUGAUGUCUGAAAAAGUAGGCGGAAGGGCAAAUGAAACGCUAGAAAUUGAAGAUAAAGAAUUCGAAGAAAUGAUUAGAAAUAAGAAACAUGAGAAAACGAAGAAAGGAAAAGGUGAAAAUAUUGACGAUGAGACCUUUCAAAAAGUUUUCAUUCCGCAGAAUUUGCACCAAGUCGUGGACGCGGAAAAAGAUAUUGAAAAAUUGAACACGGAGAGUGAAAAAGACUUGUAUUACAAAUCAGUUGUCAGUUUUGUCGACAAACCAAAACUCAAAUCACGCACUUCAGAAAACACAGACGAUAACUCUUCUAUCUCCGAUUCAAAUUCAGAAAGCGAAGACGAGGAUAAUUUAUCUGAAGAUGAAAAUGGUGACAAGAAAGAAUCAAAAGAAGUGCCUUGGAUGUUCAUUCGGAAGAAAGGCGAAACGGCAGAAGAGCGAAAAGAGAGAAAGAAGGCAGUUAAGCAGAUACAAAAAGAGGGCAGAGAGAACAAAAAGCCGAAACAUGUGAAGAAAAGAGAGGAAAAAGUGUGUAAAAUAAGGAAACAUGGAAAGAAAGCAUAGAUUUAUAUAAAGUGUUUUGCGUGGUAAUAUAUAAAAAUUUUCAAUCA